AACCAUUUAUUAAACCUGUCAAGUUUAUCCACUGCUUGCAUAACACACCAAAUAUUAUCAAUAAAAUAUUGCUGCUAUUUUUUUUAUUAUAAAUGUAAAUCAAGAAUAUCAAGCAAGCAAUAGCAUGUAUAUAUAUAUAUAUAUAUAUAUGCGCUCCCUCCUAGAAGGCCACAUAGUAUGUUGGGUUUUCAGAACUCGGGGAUCUUUUUCGUGUUCUUGUUCCUGCGAUAUUUCAGAACUCGGGGUUUUCAGACUUAAUCCAAAAGGGUGAAGAAGAAACCCAAAUACUUCAAGAUAUGAGUGCGAAGAAAGUGGAUGGUAACGAAGCUUGGUGCAGUAACUUGACGAUCGUGGAAGGAGGUAAUAACAAUGAAAUAUGUGACUCAGUAUCCAUUGAAUCCUCCUUUGAAGGAAAUUCAGAAAACUCCAAUUCUUCAAUAUCUUCAUCAGACUUGGUUGAGGAUGCAUCAUUUUCUGCAACAUCAUCAUCAUCAUCUUUAUCAUCCAAUGGGCCUCUAUAUGAAUUAUCCGAGCUCAUGGCUCAAUUACCUAUCAGGAGAGGACUUUCUAAACAUUAUCAAGGGAAGUCUCAAUCUUUCACAUCUCUAGCAAGCGUGAGGAGCAUAGAAGACCUUCCAAAGAAAGUGAUUCCUUUAUAUAAUAGAACGAAACUGAAAUCAUGCAAGAGCUAUGGAUGGGGACUAGAUGGUCACCAUAACAAGUCAUAUAGCCCUAAGGCUACGAUAUCAAAGAAGGGUUCUUCCGCCCGCGGUUGUUUUGCGUCUUCUCUAGGUAAGAGAAGUACUAGCACUACUCUAGUGAUUAGUGAAUGAUUAAUGUAAACCCAGCUAGAACUAGCUCGCCAAGAACCUUCUGAUGUGCGUAAUCAGCUGAAAUUACUGCACGUACGAUGGUUCAUUCUGCAGAGCAGCAAGAAGAUGGUUUUUGAAUGUAUAGCUGCUUUUAGAUUUAAUUAAGAAACCAUUGAUCAACUUACCAUUUAUUAGGAUUCUUUAACAAAGAAAAGGAAGUAUGGCUUUGUGAAACAUGAAUAUAAUGGAAAAUUAAAAUUGAAGCAAUUCUUUAAUUUUCAGCUCAAAUAACUUCAACGUUCAAACCACCGCCUGAACGCAUAAUGAACCCGGUAGCCGCUUUUAUAGGUGGUGUUGAUUAAUGACAUUUUCAUUCACCAUAAAGCAGCAAAUUGUUAAAUUUUUUAAGCUUUUGAAUGAAUCAAAAAGAUAAGACUAGUCAAAUGGAAUUCAUCUUCGGACCAGAAAUUGAGAACCGUACGUAGUUGGAGUGGAAAACAUAAUAAAUUCACAAAAAGUUGGCCUGGAGGCAUAGGAAAUCAUAAUUAUCAACAUAAAAUAUAAAUUCACAAAGACUUGCCCCGGCAUGAGGGACAAGUAGUAUUUCCAU